AUGUCCCAGUUCCGCGUGGUGCAGCUGACGCAGGAGGCGCUCAAGGUGCAGUGCAAGACCGACGGUCAUGAGCACUGGGGGUCUCCGCUGCUCGACGUGCAGCAAUGGCAGAAGAAAGGUGAAGCGCAGCGCGCCACUCGCUUCUCCCAGGAUGGAGCUCUCUUCUGGGCCCUCGUGGAUAAAACUGAGGAGAAUCCCCAAACCUCAAACCCUUCGGUUCCCCUGCGUCUACCGUCGAAGCUCGGGGAGAUCGAGCGAGGCUUCUCGUACCAAAUCAGCUCGGUCUACACGCUCCCGGAGUUCCGGAAGCGCGGCCUUGCGGGUUUCUUCCUAACCGAAGUGGCCAAGCAGCUGGAGCAGCUGCCCCAAGCUCUCAUCUCUGGGCUCUACUCGGACGUCGGACCGACAUUCUACGACAAGCUCGGCUGGAAGUGCCACCCGUCCAAGUUGGCUACACUGGAGAUUGACCACCCUCGCAACACCAAGGCUGUCGACAACAACAACAGCAGCACUGAGCUCAAGUCAUUGGUACUGGAUGAUAAGCUGGACAAGUUCCUGGAAGCUGAUAACGCCCGCCUGGUGGACGCGCUGGCUAAUAGCGAGAAGUUUCAGAUUGAAGUGGCGGAACGCAAGCUCUCGCUGUCGAAUGCCAUGGUGUUUCGCCGCGGAAAUGUGGACGAUAGCAAGACGACAGCUCUUCCUCACUGGUUCUGCAACGAAAAGUAUGCUUGGGUUUAA